AGCGGCUGGUAGCCCCGCGGUCCGCAGCCAUGAGAGGCUGGAGGCAGGGCCCAGAGUGGGUAGCCAGAGGCAGCAGGAAGGUCUUGCAUGUCUGGUUUGGCAAGAUGUCGGUGAAGGAGGGUGCCCAGCGCAAGUGGGCGGCACUGAAGGAAAAGCUGGGGCCGCAGGACUCGGACCCCACCGAGGCCAACCUGGAGAACGCCGACCCCGAGCUGUGCAUCCGGCUGCUGCAGAUGCCCUCCGUGGUCAACUACUCCGGCCUGCACAAGCGCCUGGAGAGCAGCGAUGGUGGGUGGAUGGUGCAGUUCCUGGAGCAGAGCGGCCUGGACCUGCUGCUGACGGCGCUGGCGCGGCUGUCAGGCCGCGGCGUGGCCCGCAUCUCCGACGCCCUGCUGCAGCUCACCUGCAUCAGCUGCGUGCGUGCCGUCAUGAACUCGCAGCAGGGCAUCGAGUACAUCCUCAGCAACCAGGGCUACGUGCGCCAGCUCUCUCUCGCCCUGGACACAUCCAACAUGAUGGUCAAGAAGCAGGUGUUUGAGCUGCUGGCCGCCCUGUGCAUCUACUCCCCUGAGGGCCACGCACUUACACUGGACGCCCUGGAUCAUUACAAGACGGUGUGCAGCCAGCAGUACCGCUUCAGCGUCAUCAUGAAUGAGCUCUCUGACAGUGACAACAUACCCUACGUGGUCACCCUGCUCAGCGUGGUCAACGCCAUCAUCCUGGGCCCCGAGGCCCUCCGCACCCGGACCCAGCUGCGCGGCGAGUUCAUCGGGCUGCAGCUGCUGGACAUUCUGACCCGGCUACGGGACCUAGAGGACUCCGACCUGCUGAUCCAGCUGGAAGCCUUCGAGGAGGCCAGGGCUGAGGAUGAGGAGGAGCUGCAGCGUAGCUGCGGGGGCCUGGACAUGAGCAGCCACCAGGAGGUCUUCGCCUCGCUCUUCCACAAGGUGAGCUGCUCGCCCGCCUCAGCCCAGCUGCUGUCCAUGCUGCAGGGCCUCCUGCACCUGGAGCCCACCCGCCCUCCAGGCCAGCUGCUCUGGGAGGUGCUGGAGAGCCUGGUGAACCGGGCCGUGCUCCUGGCCGGCGAUGCCCAGGAGAGCCCCUUGGAGGAGGUGGUCGAACGGCUUCUGUCCCUUAAAGGCCGGCCUCGACCCAGCCCGCAGGACAAGGCCCACAAGAGUGUCCAGGCUAACCUAGGCCCGAGCCCUGGAGACGUGACUGCCCUCGAGGGGCCGCAGUCGGCCGCGGCUCCCAUCUGCCAGCGCGCGCCCAGCGCUCAGACCACCGGUGGCCAGAUGGCUCCACAGCCAGAUCAGCCGGCGUUGAGCCUGCCCCCCUCUCCCACAUCCCCUCCCCUCCAUCAUCCAGCCUCAGGCCCCCCUCCCCCUCCCCCACCCCCACCCCCCCCCCCCCUGCCAGGCCUGGGGGGAGUAUUUACUUCAGUACCUCCACCACCCCCACCCUUACCGGGCUGCGGCCAGGCCCUGCCCCCACCCCCUCCCCCACUCCCAGGCACCGCGCCCUUGCCCCCACCCCCUCCCCCGCUGCCUGGUGUUGGGGGUCCCCCUCUGCCUCCCCCGCUGCCCAGCGCCUCCUCCAUGGCCGGCGGAGUGGAGGAUGUCAUCGUGGCCCAGGUGGACCACAGUCUGGGCUCGGCCUGGGUCCCCAGCCACCUCCGCGUGAAAGCACCCACUCUGCGCAUGAAGAAGCUCAACUGGCAGAAGCUGCCCUCCAAUGUGGCCCGAGAGCACAACUCCAUGUGGGCCACGCUGAGCGGCCCUGGCACCGAGGUGGUGGAGCCCGACUUCUCCAGCAUCGAGCGGCUCUUCUGCUUCCCUGUGGCCAAGCCCAAAGAACCCUCAGCUGCCCCUGCCAGGAAGGAGCCCAAGGAGGUCACGUUUCUGGACUCCAAGAAGAGCCUGAACCUCAACAUCUUCCUGAAGCAGUUUAAGUGCUCCAAUGAGGAAGUCACUGCCAUGCUCCGGGCUGGAGACACCACCAGGUUUGAUGUAGAGAUACUCAAACAACUCCUGAAGCUCCUUCCAGAGAAACACGAGAUGGAGAACCUGCGGGCAUUCACAGAAGAGCGAGCCAGGCUGGCCAGUGCGGACCAGUUCUACCUCCUCCUGCUGGACAUCCCCUGCUACCAGCUGAGGGUGGAGUGCAUGCUGCUGUGUGAAGGCACGGCCGUCAUACUGGACAUGGUGCGGCCCAAGGCCCAGCUGGUGCUCGACGCCUGCACAAGCCUGCUCACCAGCCACCGGCUGCCCAUCUUCUGCCAGCUGAUCCUGAAGAUCGGGAAUUUCCUCAACUAUGGCAGCCACACAGGUAAUGCCGAAGGCUUCAAGAUCAGCACACUGUUGAAACUCACGGAGACCAAGUCCCAGCAGAGCCGCGUGACCCUGCUGCACCACGUGCUGGAGGAGGUGGAGAAGACCCACCCGGACCUCCUGCAGCUGCCCCAGGACCUGCAGCUGCCCGCCCAGGCCGCGGGCAUCAACUUGGAGAUCAUUCGCUCAGAGGCCAGUGCCAACCUGAAGAAGCUUCUAGAGACAGAGCGGAAGGUGACCGUGUCAGUCCCGGAGGUGCAGGAGCAGUACGCUGAACGCUUGAAGGCCAGCAUCGCGGCCUCCAGGGCUCUGGACGCGGUGUUCCAGGCCAUCGAGCAGAAGAAGCUGGCGCUGGCAGACUACCUGUGUGAGGAGCCUCUGCAACUGUCCCUGGAAGACACAUUCUGCACCAUGAAGGCCUUCCGGGACCUCUUCACCCGGGCCCUGAAGGAGAACAAGGACCGGAAGGAGCAACUGGCAAAGGCGGAGAGGCGGAGGCAGCAGCAGGCAGAGGGGGAGGCUCGGAGGCCGAAGGGCGAGGAUGGGAAGCCCGUGAGGAAGGGGCCCGGGAAGCAGGAGGAGGUGUGCGUCAUCGAUGCCCUGCUGGCCGACAUCAGGAAAGGCUUCAAGCUGCGGAAGACCACCCGAGGCGGUGGCGGCCGGGGAGACUCUGAGGGCAGCAGCAGGGGGCCUGCAGCUGACCCCCCUCGGGCCACAGAGCCUGUGGCCGCUACCGAGCCUGCGCGGGGCCCCGCGGCCAGCACGGGCUGCGCUGCCGCGGAGCCUGGCCCGGGUGCCACCGCGGCUGCCGAGCCGAAGGGCUGGGACCUGGUGGAUGCUGUGAGCCCCGGGCAGGAUGACGGGCCCCCAGCCCUGGAGAGGCAGUCCUCUUGGUACGUCGAUGCCAGCGAGGUCCUGGUCCCCGAAGACGCCCUGAGCCUCCAGCCCCCCCAGGGGGCCUGGCCAGUGACUCUGGGAGAGUCUCAGGCCCUGCAACCCAUCCAGUUCAGCGACACGGCCCCCAGCGCCCAGGGCGCUCCCCAGGACGUGGAGCAGCGCGUGGACUCGCCCGGCGUCCACCAGGCCGAGGCUCACAGCAUGAGUGGGGGGCCAGCGGACGCUGCUGCCCACGGCCCCGGCCCCCGCCACGCCGGCCCCAGCCCUCGUGGAGACGAGGAUGAGGAGGACACGGCCCCAGAGUCCGCGCUGGACACGUCCCUGGACAAGUCCUUCUCUGAAGACGUGGUGACGGACUCUUCGGGGUCUGGCACCCUCCCCAGGGCCCGGGGCCGGACUUCGAAGGGGACAAGCAAGCGAAGAAAGAAGCGCCCCUCCAGGAGCCAGGAAGGCCUCAGGCCCAGGCCCAAAGCCAAGUAAGCAGCGCCGGCCUCCCCACAGCAACAGGCCCUGGACACGCUGUGUGGCAAGACCUUCCAGGCCAGGCCAGAACGGGGCCUGAGGAAUCAAAACUCCGUGCCUUUCCCAGUCAGGGUGGCCACAGGCAUCCGGCCUGGGCCUGGCCUGGCGUCCCAGGCCACCUGCACGCACGCAGCCUUGCCAUCUGCUUGUACCCAACCCCGCACGGCACGCACCGCAGGGAGUGGCAGUGGCUUCCUGUCUGCUGCCAUGUUGUCCGCUAGUGCGGCUCGAGCUCCCCAGCCUGCCUCCAUCCGUCUGCUCAGCAGGGCUUCCACCGAUGGGGGGGGAUGGGGGGGACGUGAGGAAGGCAGGACGGGCAAGCCCAGGCCCCUGCCAUGAGUCUGGCCUGACUGGUGUGCCAGUCCCCAAGGGUGGCCACAGGCAGGCCUGGCCACCGACCCUGCAUCGGCCCUCUUGUGGAGAGGGAACAGCUGCUUGGCCUCCCAGCCCCGGGUGAGAAGGGCCUGCUUGACCCCCAGGAUGACCGCAGCAGCCUCCACCCAGGACAGCCUGUCCUGCCCCUCCUCCCCCUCCUCCUCCCCCUCUCCCUCCUUCCCCUCCCCCCCAGUAUGUGCUGCUGAGGCAGAA